UCUUACUCUGCGUGUGGGUGGUUGUGUUUUUGGUCUAGAUUUGGAGAAUGAUGAACAUGUCCAGCGCCCCUCUGGGAGCAGAGCUCACCGAUGAGGAAAAGGAGAUCAUCAACAGUGUACUGGCUCGUGCAGCUAUGAUGGAGGCCAUGGAGCAUCAGAGAAUAGAGCGCCUCUCCACUCGGCUGGAUAAUAUUAAGAAGACUGCGUGUGGUGAUGGCCAGUCGCUCUGCCUUAUAUGUGGGGCAGGGUUUGGACCACAGGGAGUCACAGCUGUCCUCUGUGCACACUGCAACAAACACAUGUGCAGUAAAUGUGGAGUCUACAGCAACAGCAGGGCCAGCCCAAUGUGGCUGUGCCGAAUCUGCAAUGAGCACCAAGAGGUGCAGAAACGGUCAGGAGCUUGGUUCUUCAAAGGAAGAGAGCUGCAGCCUCUACCAGGCCUCCUCCCUCUGUCUAAACCACAACAGUCCAGCCAUGAGUCCAGCAAUGAGUCCAGUUCUCCACUGGCCCCGCAGUCCUCUGGAUCAGAACAAUGGGAGCAGACGGCGAGAACAACAGCUGACAGAAGUAAUGAGGGUCAGGCCUGUCCAACGGUGGUAAUGAAAACAGAGGGACAUGUGCUAGCCCCCAAACCCCUGCGGGCUAGUACUCAACAGGCACUCUGCAGCUCAGAUGUGCAAAAUAAACAGAGAGAAGAGGUCCCCUUCCCUGCAGUUAUGGAAGAAAAACACCAGCCUCUUGUGGCCAGUUCCAUCUCAUCCAACACUCCAGCUCCAAGACUCACUCCAGUGGUGAAUAACACUACCCACCACCCUCUUCCACAGAGACCUACUGCAGAAACAACACAGGACGACGACAAUGAGUAUGACUCAGACGAUGCCACAACAUUGGGAUCGCUGGAGUUCAGUCUUCUUUAUGAACAAGAGAGCCAUACUUUACAAUGUUGUAUCAUCAAAGCAAAGGGUUUGAAAGCAAUGGAUUCCAACGGCCUCGCUGAUCCUUAUGUAAAACUCCAUCUCCUACCCGGAGCUAGUAAGUCCAACAAGCUUCGUACCAAGACGCUAAAGAACACGUUGAAUCCAGUGUGGAAUGAAACUUUGGUCUACCAUGGGAUCACAGAUGAAGAAAUGUCACGUAAAACCCUUCGGCUUUCAGUGAGCGAUGAAGACACAUUUGGACACAACGAAUUCAUUGGUGAAACACGGGUGGCCCUCAAGAAACUCAAAUUCAACCAAAAGAAAAAUUUCAAUAUUUGCUUAGAGAGAGUUAUACCGGUGAAAAAGACUCUUGGAGGCUCAUCUAGAGGCAUGGCUUUGUAUGUAGACGACCUGAACGACGGUGAUGAUUCUGAGGAGAGAGGACGCAUCCUUGUAUCACUGAUGUACAACAGUCAGAAGAGCUGCCUGGUUGUAGGUGUGGUCCGCUGUGCUCACCUGGCUGCUAUGGACUCCAAUGGGUACUCUGAUCCUUUUGUCAAAAUAUGUCUCAAGCCUGAUAUGGGAAAGAAAGCUAAAAACAAAACACAAACAAAAAAGAAGACUUUAAAUCCAGAGUUUAAUGAGGAGUUCAGUUAUGAGAUAAAACAUGGAGAACUUGCCAAAAAAUCUCUCGACAUCUCUGUGUGGGAUUAUGACAUGGGCAAAUCCAAUGAUUUUAUCGGGGGAUGUCAGCUGGGUAUCCAGGCUAAAGGUGAAUGUCUGAAGCAUUGGUAUGAAUGCCUGAAGAACAAAGAUAAGAAAAUUGAGCGUUGGCAUGUGUUGUCCAAUGACAGCUCAGUGCAGUUUGAGGAUUGAGACCAUCCCCUUUAUAGGUAGCUAUUCUUUUCUUUUGCUCCCUAGAAAAGUGCAGACAUAAGGCUAUCAAAAGCUUGCAUCACUGUAAUUAGUUUUGAAGCAAUGUUUAAACUAUAUUCAACCGAUUUACAUAAAUAUUAACUUUUGAGGUGCCCUGGACACAUCUGAUAAAGGAGAAUAUAAAUAUUACAUGUAAUAAAAAGCUUAUCCCAGAAGUUGCACUUACCUGAAACACUUUAUCUGGUUCUUCAAAGCCUUGUUGUAUUAAUUGUGAUGAACUAUGGCUUCAGCCCAGAUGCAAAAGGGGAAUUCCCUCUGACCUCAUUUCCUGUGCUGCUGCUGUGCUCCUGUCAUACAAGACUGUGUCUGUGCAAUCAGCUGAUACAUGACAACAUGUAGUGCUUGCAUCAUCCAAGCAGUCUUUUUA